ACGAUUGCUUUUAUACUUAAUGUCACAAAGGAAGUACGAAGGGGAGAGAGAGUGUGCUCUGUGUGUGUGUGUGUGUGUGUGUGUAUGUGUGAAAGCGAGAGAGAGAAACGAAAAAAUUAUCACUUGUGACAUACAAAUCUUGUUUGCCGUAUAAAGAAUAACGAUUUUUUAUCUUUCGUGAUCGUCAUUUUACAAGAUAUAUUAGCUGAUUGGAUAUUUCGUACAUCGAUGACGCUUUAACGGGUGGUGACAAGUACUCAGGGCUGUAACAAUUACCUGCGCAUCGUUUUCUCUUUUUUUAUUCAUUAUUUUUUCUUUGUUUCUUUCUAAUUUUUAUAUGACGUCUCUUUUUCCUUCUCUCUCUCUCUCUCUUUCUCUCUCUUUCUCUCUCUCUUUCUCUCUCCCCCCCUCUUUACCAUUUUUCGUUUCCCUAUCUCUUUCUGUCUGUUUGUCUUUCUCUCACUCUUAUUCGUUCACUUACUGGUUCGCGUUUGGCGGUAUCUUUUCUUUUCUCUCUAUCUCGGUCUUUCUCUGCUGCUCACACGCUUUAGGUGUGACGUAUACAUGUUUCGUGCUUUCAUCUCUUUUUCUCAUGAUAGUUGCGAUGUAUCGCUUUAACGGUUUUUCGUGAUUUUUCGAUGAGAAUAUCAAUUUGUCCGAUACUAUUGUCGAAGGUUACAAGGAGAUCAUGGCUAAUCGAGGUACUGCUCAAAGGCCAAAUGGUUCAACACAAGGAAAAAUAUGUCAGUUCAAACUAGUGUUACUAGGGGAAUCUGCAGUUGGAAAGUCAAGUUUGGUUCUUAGGUUUGUUAAAGGACAGUUCCAUGAAUAUCAGGAAAGUACGAUAGGAGCUGCAUUUUUAACGCAAACUGUAUGUUUGGAUGACACGACUGUAAAGUUUGAGAUAUGGGACACAGCAGGUCAAGAGCGUUAUCACAGUCUUGCACCAAUGUAUUAUCGAGGUGCUCAGGCAGCAAUUGUUGUGUAUGAUAUUACAAAUCAGGACACAUUUGUGCGUGCACAAACGUGGGUAAAAGAAUUGCAACGGCAAGCCAGUCCAAGUAUAGUUAUAGCAUUAGCAGGGAAUAAAGCAGAUCUCACAAAUAAAAGAGUCGUUGAAUAUGAUGAAGCUCAAGCAUAUGCAGAUGAGAAUGGUCUUUUAUUUAUGGAAACAUCAGCCAAAACAGCAAUGAAUGUUAAUGAUAUAUUUCUAGCAAUUGCUAAAAAGCUUCCGAAAAAUGAGCAGUCAGGAAGUGCAAGUACAAGUGGGCAAGGCCGUCGGCUCGUUGAAUCAGAAGGGCAAAAAGCAGCAACCGGCAAUUGCUGCAAGUGAUUAUCCAAAUCUAUAUGUACUAUAUUCAACACAGAUAAGUACAUCAUGAGUGUGUCUGCAAUGAGUUUGAAAGGAAUGUACACGAAGGGAAACCACUAUAAGGAAUGGGCGGUGAAAUGUGCAACACGAACACUUGCUCGAGUGAUUGACUAAAACGUGUGUCUCAAUGUAUUUGACGAUAUAUCAUCUAUUUUGAGUAUCAAAUCUAUUAAAAAGUGGUAAAACUCCCAUUUGUUAUUAUAGUAGUACUGAGCGGUGUUCGUUAUAAAUAUAUAUAUAUAUAUAUAAAUAUUUAUAUAUAUAUAUAAAUAUAUAUAUAUAUAAAUAUAAAUACAUUAUAAUAUAAAUCAUAUAAGUAAAUAUGAUUUGUGUAAUAAGUAAUAUUAAUGGUAAUGAAUAAUAAUAAUAAUAAUAAUAUUAAUAAUAAUAAUAAUAAUAAUAAUAAUAAUAAUACAUUUAACAUAUACAACAUUUGAUGAACUUUUGGCACGCAAGCAUCUUGUAAGAUAUAGUACAGGCCAUUCCUGCUGCUAUAAUUACUAUGUAUUUACUUUCUUAGAUUGUAAUGUGUAUAACAGUUCUUGCUCUAAAACAUAUUGUAUAUUAAUUUUAUUGAUAAAUCAUGAUAAAUUAUGAAUGAUUAUACAAAAAAAGAAAAUAAACUUGUGAAUAUUAUAAUAA